AUCAACGCUUACUGACUUCGAUGUGGGCUCAAAAUAAAAUUGACCCUGUUGUGAAGCAAAUCGAGCUCGACCUUACAAGGACGCUACCGAACAACCGUCACUAUGACUCCGCGCGGGCAGAUGGAAUCCCGCGCUUGCGAAGAGUUCUCAUAGCAUUUAGCCUUCACCGGCCCGAUGUUGGCUAUUGCCAGGGUUUGAACCGAAUCGCUGCUGUUGCCUUGCUGUUUUUGAGUGAAGAAGACGCGUUUUGGGCCAUGUGCCUCAUCAUCGAUCGACUCAUGCCUCCAGAAUACUAUACUCGAACUCUUCUCGGUGCUCAGGUGGAUCAGAGGGUUUUGAAGGACUUACUGGCGGACAAACUACCGCGUCUCUCGGCUCAUUUGGCGGAACAAAAUGUCGAUAUAAAUCUCUGCACUUUCAACUGGUUUCUUUGUAUUUAC